AUUCUUUAGUCUUACUGAAUAUACUUACAUUAUGCCUGUUCCUUUCGAAGCACUUCUUCCCUUAGGCAUCAUUACAGGCUUCUUUGGUGUCACCGCUGUAGGAUUGCAUGUUACAAGAUAUUUCUCUAAUGAUAGAAAGCCUACAAGAUAUGGUCUCGAUCUUUGGGAAAAACAAAUGAUGGAGCGUGACAGACGUUUAACUGGAUCACUUCGAGGACAAACUUCUGAACCUAUUGCACCAGCAGCAUUUGCUACAAACAGUAUUUGGUAUUUGGAAAAGCAAAAAAAGCAUUAAGCCUAGAGAAGACUAUACAAUAAAAAAGGGAAAAAAAAUCGUUUUUUUAACACGGGAUAAGACAGAAAAGAAAAGGGGUAUGCAAGUUUGCU